GUUUCCUCUGGGGUGGCUCUGGUGUAAACCCGGCUCGCUGCGGCUGCAGAGCGUAACCGGCCGCUCUGACCCUUGCCAGGACACUCCAGCUGGGACGAUCUAUCCAGGGCAGGGCCGGGAGCACCAUCUCAGCUCAUUUUCUCUAAGCAAUUCAACUUCACGGACAGCUACCUAGCCAGCCCUACGCUCCCAUCAUGGAUCUACCAGGCUGUGCGCCGCCCGCCCUGUGAGGACGCCUCAUUGCCCUGCCCGGAGGAGGAGGACUCGGAUCUAGUCCCAAGCCAGCUGCCCCGGAGAGCGCAGGGGAGGAACUAGGCGCAGCCUCCCCUCCCUACCCCCUUGCGCCCUGAUGCCGGCGCCGAGCGGGAGCGGCUGCUGGCCCCUGCCGAAGAUGUCGGGGCUAGGGCGGCGGGGGGCGCUGCCGGAGCCCGCGGGCUGCUGCUCCUGCCUGGCGGCGGCGCUGGCCCUGCUGCUGCUGCUGCUGCCCGCCGGCUGCCCGGUGCGUGCGCAGAACGACACGGAGCCCAUCGUGCUGGAGGGCAAGUGCCUGGUGGUUUGCGACUCCAGCCCGUCGGCGGACGGGGCCAUCACCUCCUCCCUGGGGAUCUCGGUGCGCUCGGGCAGCGCCAAGGUGGCCUUCUCGGCCACCAGGAGCACCAACCACGAGCCGUCGGAGAUGAGCAACCGCACCAUGACCAUCUACUUCGACCAGGUAUUAGUUAAUAUUGGCAACCAUUUUGAUCUUGCGUCCAGUAUAUUUGUAGCACCAAGAAAAGGGAUUUAUAGUUUCAGUUUCCACGUGGUCAAGGUCUAUAACAGACAAACUAUCCAGGUAAGUUUAAUGCAAAAUGGCUACCCAGUGAUUUCAGCUUUUGCAGGGGAUCAGGAUGUCACCAGAGAAGCAGCCAGCAAUGGAGUCUUGCUUCACAUGGAGAGAGAAGACAAAGUGCACCUCAAACUGGAAAGGGGUAACCUCAUGGGAGGGUGGAAAUACUCAACCUUUUCUGGCUUCUUAGUCUUUCCACUAUAAAGGAAGACCAAAUAGGAGCCAGAUUUGUGAGCUAGAACAAGGAUUGAGUCGUUAAUGACACCCUGAACUUGGCAGAACAUGAUAAUAUUUCCAACCACGCAGUCAGACUGUCAUGGUAGAAGAAUGAUAACCUUCUAAACUCCAAUAUUUGCUUUGAAUAUUGACAAUUCCUUGGGAAACCUGCGCCUCUAAUUAGUUUUAGACGACAGUGAUCUUUAGGAGAAAUGAAAUUAUCCACCUGAGCAAUUUGUACCUGUGAUUGUAAAGUCAAUUUCGGAUUUUAUUGUUGGGAUCAUUGACUUUUUUUCUUUCUUUCUUUCUGUUGUUGUUGUUGUCCUGAUGAGACAAAUAAUUUGGACCACACAAUCACUUGUCAAAGGCUCACUCCAGAGCCAGAAGAAUCCACCACCUGAUGAAGUGUUCUUUCAAUGAUUUUUUCUUUGUGUUGUAUAGCUUUAAGAAAAAAAAAAGAGAAAAAAUGGCUUCAGUCUCAGUCCUGUAUUUUCUGGGGGAGGGGGAAUUCUGGACAUUAUUGUGUCAAGAAGUGCUUUAUCCAGUGAAACAAACUUUGCACGAUUGGAACUUAUUUUGUUUUGUGUUUAUAUUUUUCAUCAACAACUUAUUUUUGUUUUCUGAUUUUUGUGCUAAAAAUUGUAAGCUAGAAUGAUCAAUAAGACAAAACAAAGCACAUAUAUACUUUGUAGCUCCAAGUAAAAUUAACCAAUGAACAAUUCUAUCUGCACUUUUCAAAUGAUCUUUACAGAUGCAUUUAGAGAAGGAGCUAUGUGAUCAAAUCCUUAAAGAAACUGACAUUUCUGAAUUAUCCUGACAUUUCUAGAAGAAACAGUAGAGGCUUUGAAUAUCUUAUCUGACCAUACCCUAAAAUAUAUAAUUUCUUUGCAUUACUGAGUGUAUUUUGGUGCUUUUAUCUGAUAUGUAGUUAUUAUAUGUGUUCAUUAAUGCUUGAAUACAGUUCAUGGGAACACUGAAAGAUGACGGACCAAACUCCUUCCUCUCCAAGUUAAAUAAAAGAAGAUCCCUGUUUUCCCCCGCCAGGAUCAGGCAUAUCACCAGUUACCACUAGUAUUUUUGAAAGCAUAUGGUAGUAGGAUGUCAGAGACCUGAGGCUGUGAAACUGGUUGAAGGUUUAUAUAUCAUCAGUGAAUGCACCACAAAUUAUACAAUUUUUUAAUUUAUUUAUUGUCUGUAUAUGCUUCUCCUCUUAGCAUACAGGGUCCAAAGAAAUCUGGGUGCAGACUCCAUCCAGUACUGUAUGCCAGGAAAAGUCAUUGAUUCCAAAUGAUAAAAGACGAAACCUCGGGUUGAAUUCAAAUUCAUCCUUUUUCCGUCAAUGUAACCAAAAUGCUGAAUAACUUAAGAUUCAGAAUAAAUGGGUUUGAUGUCCACCUUGCUUUUUUCACUUCUAUAUAUAAGGGUCAGAGUAUUAAAUUGUGCACUUAGGAAAUACUGCAGUUCUUGCUCAUUAGGCUCAUUGGAGGGAUUUUGUUUUAUUUUAUUUUAUUUGUCUUGCUAUUAAGUCUGUAAGUAAUUUGAGUAUUUAAUUUUUAUAUUUUGUCAGUUUCCCCCCCCCCCCAAACAUAAUGCAAAGACAUUUGCAGAAUGUUCAUGGCGGACAUAGUGCAUUUCAAAAUUAUGAUGGCCAUAUUGUUUUCAUUGUAAAUUUAUCAUUAAAGAACAUUUCCCAUUUAAAAAAAACAUAUU